UAGCUAUUUAUCGACAGCGACACCCCGCGAGAGGACUACUGUCUCGUCGUUUACCAUCGUGUCUUCACGCGUACGAUGCCGUUCUCCGCUAUCAACGACCUUACAAGAUCACCAGAGUGAAGAAGGAAAACCUGAAGUGACCUACAGGGUGGAUCGCAGUCUCGAGGACGCGCUUUUCGCGUGAUCGUAUCACGUGUCCAUCUUGUUAUGCGAUUCGAUAGCGACCUCCCAACGAGAGAAUGGGCAUCAGGAGUUCGAAAGUCAAAGGCGGUGCUCGGGGAAAAGGGAAGAAGGGCGGAUUUAAUCCAUCUGAUACGCCCAGCAGCCAGAACAAUGAGGAUUAUGAGGACGUGGAACUAAUGUUGAUAAGGAAAUCUAUCAAGAGAAACCCGGAGAGUUUUAUCCUAAAUAAUCUCAUGAUGUGUGUCCAGUUCUUUCAAAAUUAUGAGGAAAAUAUUAUCCGUGUCAAAGAGACUCUGGCUUCGUCUUCCGAAGCGAAGCUAAAUGACAAACUACCAACCCAAAAGCACGUUUUGAUGCCGGAUGUUCUCCAGGAACAUGUCUCGCAUAAUGUUGCCUUCACCUCGUCGCGACAGACUUCUCGUCCAACCAUCGAACCACUACACCCCAUUCGUAUUUACGUCGUACACGACAAUAUCGAAAUCACAGAGCACCCUUACAUGGCGGAAUAUAUCAGUGUGACCAAUGAGAUUACGUAUAACACGUUGGUGAAACCGAGUGAACAUCAAGGAUACGUACGAUUGGAGUUCCUCGACGAGACGUUCCCGAAUAACUCUGUGAAUAAGGAAGAUAUCGAACCCUCAGCGGAGGAUGACGACGAGAUAUACAGCGAUGGCGACAGUAUUUACGGUCCAAAGCCUACCUCGAAGAUUGUUCUUUCUCAGCAGAUCAAGAAAAGCAACCUCGAGACCUGUAACGCCAGAUCUUUGCCUAAUAUACAUAACAACAAGACCAUAUAUAAGGACCAGGCGUAUCAUUCGCGUGAAAACUUGUACGAAGCUCGAUCCAAUCAUAACAUUAGGCCUGAGUCCGACUACGAGCACGUGUCCUCGGCUUCGGAGGACCGAAUAAACAAGAAGUCCUGGCCGAAGAGCGAAUUGGCGGCAAAAUCCGGAAGUUAUCAGCGACACGUCCGACCUGGUAUGACAAAAUCAAAGAAGACGAACAGCCGUAGUCCAGCGGGCAGCACGAGUUCCGGAUACCGAUCCGGGCAUUAUGCAGUUGACAGUGACAGCGACAGCAGUUGCCAAAUAACGCAGACAUCCAGUGUGGCGCUCGCCUGUGACGUGGAUCGGGACACAGCCUCCACGUGCAACUCCCAACAGAGUUACAGCGACAAAGCGAUCCCAGAUGCGUCGACUGAGAUCUACUCGAUGUUGAACGCGAAGAUACCACAACGGUGCUUCAAGAAAGUCAUACACACCAAAGAGGGCAAGAUCUAUGAUGCGCGAGAAGAGAAGAAGCAAGUGCAGAACAGUAAGCAGCGUCGCCUCAGGAUGGCCAUGAGGAGGCGCAACUACGAGGUCUUUUAUAUCAGCAGCAUGGAAUUCAUGAGGCACUUCGUCAAUCUUUUCAAGGAUCAACUGGGCCAACCGCUCGAUUUCGACCAAGAGGACUUAGACGACGUAAAGCUCGAAGGCUCGGUUAUCUAUUGCGACAAGAUCAUGGUGUCGCACAACUCCAGACUCUGCAGAGUCGAGUCGUAUGAAGUGACGCCGGCGAUACGGUUGCAGUGGCCAGAAUACGCUCAAGAGUGGUUGGAUCGGCCGAGAAGUACGUGGCCGACCUAUAACGAUAUCAGUAAAGUGAAGGACUUUGGCUGUUACGUGGUACCCGAAGGAUUUCUGCCGCAGAAAGACAGCAAUGUCUAUCACGAACUCGAGUGGCAGCUGAUGUUUCCAGCCGCGGAGCGAUAUCUAGAGACCUGCAUGACGCAAUCACAAGUUCAGGUGUAUCUAAUCGCGCUGAUGCUUCACAAGACCUUCAUAAGACCUGUCUUUGAUACUAUGUAUGGUCUGACGACCUCUCACAUUAGAAACAAGAUGUUUUGGUUGAUUGAGGAGGACGACAGACCCUCCAAGUGGCCCGACAAUCGAAUCGGCGAAUGUCUGAUCAAGUUAUUGAAAAGUCUUUACCGUGGUCUCAGCCAAAACGAGCCGACUAUGCCCGACUACUUCGUCCGCGAUAAGAACGUGUUCCAGAGUAUGCCGUCCGAUCACCUGCUGCACACCCAGAAGCAACUGAAAAGGAUAAUCGAGAACCCGAUCAUGUACGUGUUCCACGCGAUGGAAAACAUCAGACAUAGCGAGAAGUUCUUUCCGCGGCUGGAGUACGAGAAGUUGUUGAAUAUAUUGACAGUAGACAAGUUGGCUUUGGUGAAUCCGGCGUUAGGCCUGUCGGCGAAGCCUGUAUUUAUGUCGAAGGGGCACGACGAUUUCCACAUGGCCAGGGAUGAGAUUUACAAUAGGCCGGGCGGUUUUUGGGACAAUGCCAAAUCGCAGACCGAAAAGAAGAUAUACACGCGAGUGGUCACGAAUAAAACGUUGAUUAAUCCACGUAGGGCGACGGACUCCAUCAUCGAGAUCUCGGUGCGCUGCGGAGAGCUGGAGGGUGUAAGACUAGGCGCUCUGUUGGACUUCUUUGUCAGACACUUCAUAAAAAUGGCCGAGCGUUGUCAACAGUAUCGAGCUUAUCAGCAGAAAAAGGUUUAUCUCGAUCAAGCAGAUCGGCUUUCGAUCAUCCUCUCGGAGCUAAGUAGAUACACGGAUGAUGCUAGGGCUUAUCGUGACAAGAUCAAAGCCCUGAAGAUGAGAACGACGAGUUUACGAACGCCGCAAAACGAACUUCCGGAGACACCUAAGAGAAACGGCGAGGCACCUUUAUUUGCUGGCACUUUGAAAGACCGUUUCUUAAAAGAAGUCACCGUCGCCAACGUCACGGUGGAAUCGAGGGAGAAGCAAUCACAGCCUAGUCGCGAGAAUCGUAAAAACAAGGUCGCGAAAACCACCAACGAAACCAAGGCCACUUCUGAAGCCAAGACCGCCUAUGAAGUACGAUUUAAAGAAGAAACUAAGGAAGUCAAGGAAAACACGCAGGUGAAGUCUGCGAACACUGCGAAAUCAAGUGAGGACCAAAGCAACGAAAUUACUUCCAUCUUGAAAAACCCUACAUCGAGGGAGCAAACUGACGAGUCGGCUUCUGGUACAACCCAGAGAGUCGUUUCCUUAGCAGAUAAUCAAAACGAAUCGUUUUUAACGGAAACGACGUACAUAUAGCAUGCGCGUCUAUCAAGAGCAAAACGUAGAUGAUCUGUCGGGCACGAACAAUCCUUUCCCUCGAUGCGUACGUGACAAUAUUAGGAACAAAUUGGAGAUAUGAGAUCAUCUAAACGGUAUUCAUUGUUAUAUUUCAAGGGCGGGUGAUAAUCAAUUUAGGUAGAAGACUGAGCAUGCUUAUCGUGCUGAAUUGUCGAUAUCCGAUCUUCGCGUGGUUGUAUAAAAAACCAAAUGAUUAGUCAUUGACAAGAUAAUUUAAAAGUAGCAACCAAUUGUUCUAGUUAAAAUUAUCUAACACAACGAAUUUUCUAUUAAAACAUAUUCUUAUUUAAUUAAUUCACAGAUAAUUGUCAUACACGACUCCUUUUCAAAUCAUUCUUGUAAAUAAUCAUUUUCUUCCACACAUGUAGCCGCAUGAGCAAUAAUUGAAUAUUAUGUUCAGCAUAGAACAAUAAUUAAUAAACAUUUUUCUCACUUA